UUGGGCGACGGCACUUUCGGUCGCGUCCUCGAGGUCCGUGACGCGGAACAGGCUAAGGCGAGAGGGAUCGAGAGAACCAAGGCGUACGCCGCAAAAGUGGUACGAGCCCGGAAGACGCAUACGAGUGACGCGCUAGGGGAAUACCGAGUGCUGAAGCGGCUUUAUCCACUGGUAAAAUGUCUAGAUCUGGAGGCAGUCAUGUUUUUUUCAUGCAGUUUUCGCAUUUGCAUCUGCAAGAACGUGGGUAAUGCACACAGAGCAUGACACAUUUUCUUUUUCGGGACGGCGCUCCCUGAUAAGUACCUAGUCUGAAUGAGUGAUGCCGCCUUCUGGCGACAAAAAUCGACACAGGAGAGGUUUGUCUUUUCCAGAAAGCGCAUCACAAUUUUACAUUCUUGUUCCAGAGGACCGAGACGUAUUUACAAUGCAUAGGCUACAGCAGAGUGCAAAUCAGUUGGAGGAGGACGAAUAUCCCGGCAAAUACAUAUCAAAAUGAAAAAUCCUCCCUUCCUAUAUCAAAGGGGAAUCUGUGAUGCGGGACUUGUGUACACAAAUCGAAUUUGUCUUGCAGAAGGCGAGUGCAGGCAGAUCUAAGCCUAUGUAAGGGCCGGAGUUGCCUUAAUGCAAGGCAGAUGACAUGAUUUCUGGUUACAAUUCUGCAUGGCAAAUUUUCAGAAAGAUGCGCUAUCGAUAUGGGGAGGGAAGAUUUUUCAUUGCGAUAAGACAAGCUCGUUCAGCUCCUGGAGAAAUUUUUUCACCGCGACGGGCCACGGCGGCACUUGGUGCUGGUGUUUGAGCAGCUCGGAUUUCUAUCCCGCAGAAAAGUAGUACACCCACACAGCAAAAAAAGGAGUUGGUCUUGUUCUCGUCGUGGCCGUUCUGUCAUUAGAAAUUUGCGAUCAUUCCUAUCUAGAGGCGUAGAAGUUCUGUCAUGUAUCUCGGACUGGGAAAGUGUAAUGCAUGGCCGCAUGACAGAUACGAAUUUUUUGUCAUGCUGAAUUGCCGCUGCGGGAGAACUUUUUGGAACACAGAAGAGAGCGAUGACAAUUUUGUUUCUCUCUGGUAUGUCGGAAGUGCUUUUCUGCAGGAUACGGCAGCCUGUGGGAGCUGCUUCUAGGAAAUAAACUGCGAGGGAUGUUCCUCCGAGAUAUUCAAGCAAUUGCGCGCGACGGCUUCCUAUCCCCUGCAAGU